UAAAAAAUAAAAAUAAGAAAUCAAAAAGAUCAAAGCCCUUUAGAGAUCACCGCUCAAUUUCGUUCUCCUUCGAUGACAAUGGCGGAUUCCUCUGCUGCCCUCUGCUUCUUCUCCUCCCCCUUCCACCCCCUCCCCUCGACUUCCUCUUGCUCUCCCUCCUCCUCAAAGCUCUCUCUCUCCUCGAGGAAUUUGAGCCUCUCUCCUCGGUGCAGAUCUCCUCCUCUUUUGAUCGUUCGAUCGCGGGGCAAGGACUCUGAUGGUGGUGGGUGCUUUGGUGGCGGUGACCCUUACGGCCCUUAUCCGUGGGAGUCUUCGGUUCCCUCUCAUGGGGAUGAUCAAACUAUUCAAUGGCUUCCAGAAGAUAGAAUAACUCUUUUCACAACUGAAGGGUUGAUUCAGAUAGGAGGGUCCCUGGUUCCUCGCCGCUUUGCUCCUUCAGAUAAGAGGAAAGAGAGACUGAAGUCGUCACUUAAACUUCAGCGUUUUCAGGAGAGUGAUUACAUGGAUCCUGAUCAAGGUCUUUGUCUUGGUGCCCUAUUUGAUAUUGCGGCAACAAAUGGACUUGACACAGGAAGAAGACUAUGCAUUUUUGGCUUUUGCCGGUCCAUUGAAAUGCUAAGUGAUGUUGUUGAAGACACUGUACUAGAACAUGGAGGAGAGGUUGUCGCUGCUGAGAAGGCAAGCAAGGGUGGACUGCAGGAGAAGUUAAAGAUGACUGUCGCAGUUCCACUGCUCUGGGGUGUUCCUCCUGCAUCAGAAACCCUUCGAGUUGCAGUUCGCAGCGGGGGCGGUAUAGUUGAGAAAAUAUACUGGCAGUGGGAUUUCUUGUAGAUAAACUCACAAUUCAUCUGUCCAUAAUUUGUAUAUAUACAACAUAAUCACUUGUGUUCCACUCAUGCAAUGGAUGAAACCAUCCAUAAUCAUGUCGUUUACCUGUGUUCCAUGUACAAAAUUGUAAAUGUUGUAAUCUGAACUACAGAAACAGCUAAUGGAAAUUGUUCCCAUUUGUAUC